CAGAGUUUCCAUUGAACCACAGGGAAAACCACAAAUGACUGGGAACAUCAGACUGGAGGUUCUUGAGCCAGUCUCCAAUGUGGUGGCAACUGUCAGUAACACAGACUUGGAGGAAUUCAAAGACUCUGUCCGUCUGUCCUGCUCCUCCUCUGGAUCCUCUCCCUCUUUCCUCUGGUUGAACAGCAGCUCUGAGGUUACAGCCAGUGACAGAGUUCAGCUCACUGAUGGAAACUCCACUCUCACUAUAGUCAAUGUGACUCGCAAUGACCAGGGACCAUUCAUAUGUAAUGUGUCCAACUCUGUAAGCUCUGCUUCCAGUGAGCCAAUACUCCUCUCCAUCUACGAGCGAGUCUCCACCCCAGUGAUAACUGUCAAUAACACAGACUUGGUGGAGUUCAACAGCUCUGUCCGUCUGUCCUGCUCCUCCUCUGGAUCCUCUCUCUCUUUCCUCUGGUUGAACAGCAGCUCUGAGGUUACAGCCAGUGACAGAGUUCAGCUCACUGAUGGAAACUCCAAUCUCACUAUAGUCAAUGUGACCCGCUAUGACCAGGGACCAUUCAUAUGUCAUGUGUCCAACCCUGUCAGUAAUGGCACCAGUGGCCCAGUUAACCUCUCCAUCAGCUAUGGCCCAGAAAAUAUUAAUUUGACAAAAUAUCCGUUAAAAGAAUACUUUGAGGAAGGAUCAAACAUCACCCUGUCCUGCUCAGCUGUCUCCCGACCCUCUGCACUGUUAUACUGGUUUCUGAAUGCAGACAAGCUGUCUGUUACUGGACCAGAGCUCAUACUGGUGAACAUUCAGAUAAAUUACAGUGGAAACUACAGCUGUCAGGCAUUUAACAACAAAACUCUGAGAUAUGAAACUUCUCAGCCAUCACUUGUGUCUGUACUGGAGAGAAUAUCAGGUGCUUCUGUCACAUCAUCAUCAACUCAGCCGAUUGAGGAGAUGCCUGUCAACUUAACCUGUGAGGCUGCUGGCUCUGUCGUUAACAGAAAGUGGAAGAAGGGUGACUCAAGUGUGCUGCCUGACCACAUUAAAUUUUACGACAACAACAGAGUGCUGUCCUUCCAACCUCUAAAGAGAACAGACGAUGGAGAAUAUUCCUGUGAAAUCAGCAACCCUGUCAGCAGCAAUACAACUAAAUACAUCAUGACUGUUAACUAUGGGCCAGAAAAGGUUCAAAUUGAAGGUCCAAGUGAGAUACGUCUUAAUCAGACCUUAACAUUAAUCUGCUCUGCUGAGUCCACACCAGCUGCAAAUUACACCUGGACACUGAAUGGGACAGAGAUACACAAAUCUGCUGUGUUCACUAAAGUCAUCACUAAACUUUCUGACAGUGGCAAAUACACCUGUGAAGCCAGGAAUAUCAUAACUGAGAAAACAUCAUCAGCAGAGCAUGGACUGACUGUAACAGCCAUGCCAGAAAAAACAGCACUGGUCUGUUCACCUGGCUGCAUUGCUGGAAUAGUAAUCGCAUGUUUGGUCGUCUGUGGAGCGGCUGCUGGUGGAGGAGGGUACUACAUUUAUAGAAAAAAAAAAAUGGCAAAAACCCCCAUUGAUAGAAACACUGCCACCAUAACAGGACGUGCAGGCCAGGACAACACAGCGUACUCAGGAAAUCAGGACGUGAACUACGCAGAUAUCAGGUUCUUCCAGAACAAAGAGGGUGGGAGAGUUCAGGUGGGGACACAGAAUGACAUGUCAUCACAAUACGCUGAGGUCCGCAUGAACAGCGGCCGUGCUGCAGGAUCCUCCCCUCCUACCUACAAUGCCUACAUGCAACAAUCAAAGAGGCUAGCUCCUCAGCCUACUGGCACACAAGUUUAUGCUCAGGUUCGCAAGAACUGACCGCAUUAGAUAUGAUGGAUCAUCCGGUCAACAUAGACUGGAGGCCAGGAGCAGAUGAUAUGUGGUUUGAGAAACAUACGCUUCCCUUUCAGUGCCUUAUAGAUGACUAAUUUGGUCUUAAGUUUACUCAGUCAAAGUCACUUUAACAGUGGUUAAUAAUCAACCAUUUCAUGACAGUUAUUGCCAUAACUGAGGUCAGAAGGCACAAUGCUACCCAACAUGUUUGCAUACAUAUAAUAGCUUUCCUAUUCCCAUUUAUUUGUUUGUGCAACGUCAACGAAAAGCAAACAAGAAUGAGUGGAAAUAUUCUCUGUAUGUGAUUCAGUGGUUUGCUUCAGCCUUAAUGCUUAACACUGAUGUGGUGUCAUGUCUGACUGAUUUCAUUUGAGAUUCUAGUUUGCACCUUGUCAGUUAGGCAAUAAUUUUCAUAUUUAUUUUACGUCUUAAAAAAAGAAAAAAAAGUAUUUAACUAUAUUUAAUUUACCAUUCACUUGUGUCAAAUUUAAGCUUUUGUCAUUACAGUAAUGAAUUUUUGUGAUUUAAUUACACAAUGAUAAAGUUAAACUUUAUAAUCCCACAAAAAGGAGGACUGCAGGUACAAUAUUCAAAAAUGCUAGCAUCCAAAAAUGAGCAGUAAAGAAGGGAUUUGUCUCCAGUUCUGUUUGAACCAGAGAGGAAAUAGAUUCAAAAAUAAAAGCCAAUGUUCAAAGAACCACCAUGACUUGUCCAAUGGUAAACUGAUAGACAUCUACAGGUACAAUAAAAGCAUAAAGUCUUAAAGUUCCUCCAACAGGCAUGCGGAAACUGUGACAUGAUCUUGUUUCCCCUAGGCAUAAUCAGAGUAACUCAGUACAGGUUUAUUGUAAGUGUCUGUAAGUUGAUAAGGUGCUUUCUUUGUGCCAACAGGAAAAAACUUUCACAAAGGUGAAAGUAUCACCUUUGUGAAAUAGAAUCAAACUGCCACAAACACUCCCUGCAUUUAUAAUGUUCUCUAUAUUGUUGUAUGUAUAUACUGUAUAUAUAUCGUUUCAUUACUCCAGGGCAUUAGAUGCAUUAUGUUUUUAUGUUCUGAUAUUUUAAAAGAGGCUUUAAUUUGACAUAUCAUAUGCUUUUCUGCAUAAAUAAUAAAGUAAUUAUAUUUGAUGUUAGUAUAGGACUAAGUGAGGAUUAAAUCAAGAUCACAUUUAGUUUAAACAUAACAUUUGACAACUAACAAAAAGAAAAAUCGUCUGUCUUUUAAUCCUUAUCAAGUGAAGCACUUGGAUGCAGCAUGUUCGCUACUUUAAUACAUUAAAUUAUAUGCAGUUGGUUAGCAGUAGGAAUAAUGUUUAGCUACAGUACAAAUUAAAGCCUAUUUACACUGAGCUCCUGAGCUAAUCAGACCUCCAUGGCAGAACGUUUAAAUACAAAAAAAGACAGAUCCUAUUUUGAUGUGUUUGAAUACAGAGACCGGAACUUGACCUGAAGUGUGAACAGAGCCAUAUUAACCAUUUGGAGUCAUGUUUCUGGUCACCUGAUGAAUGUAAAGCCAUUAUUUACCUUCUUUUACUCUUGUUUGGUCUCUACUAACUCCUGAGGGAAAUAUUUUGUAAUUCCAGUUUGUGCUUCUCAUGUAUUAGCCCUCAUUUGGAUCAUAGAGGUAACCGGCAUUUUUUUUUCUAAAAGAUUAUAAACAAACAACAUUUGAACACUUGUUGUUCUUGAAGGUAUGUGGACUGAAAAAUACUGAAUGAAAAUCCUUAAUACUGAUGAAAGAUGAUUAGUAGAGUUUUUAAGGAUUGUGUUUCAGUCAGAACAGUGGUAAAUAUUUAAAAAAUUACUUUAUGGGUUUUUGAAAUAUCACCAGUCAGUCAGUCGUCUUUUAGAAAAACCUUUCCUCUAUACUUGUAGCCUACAUGAAAGGUACAAACUGGGGUUAGCUCUUUGGCUGCUAAAUCCUCCUCUAUGUGCACCAUGUAUGUGCUAGUUGGUAACUGUGACUGCUGCUUACUGUGGAACAGGUAGUGAGAGUAAACCAAAGCAGUAAAACUAAGUGCUAAAAGCUCUCUCACGCAAGCUGAGGGGAGCUGCAGAUUCAGCUUAUAAUUGUCUGUACUGUAUAACUAUGAGCAGCUUAUUUCGCAUUGUCACGUUGUUUUCACAUAGUCAUUUGAUGCAUUAUUAUAAAUAAUAUUUGAAAAGUAUUGAUCAUAGUUGAUGAUGUAAAAUGGAUGAAUUGUAUCUGAUAUCACUUGAAACAACAGAUGUAUGUCAAGUGACAGGUUUCUUUCUCUGUAAAUGUUUAAACAGCAUAUUUUAGCUAUUUGUCAUGAGCCAGGCUUCAUAUUAACUCAGGUAGAUCAGUGCCAUUAUCCUUAGUUAAAUCAUUAACCAGCAAGGUUGUAAAACAUAUACAGAACAUUUUGUUUAAUCAGACUUCUGUUUUACUCAUUUCUUCUUUUUAAAACAAUGACUGGUUAAGAACAAAUAAGAUAAAGAGAAGUCUCCUAACACCAGCGGUUUCCCAUCCCCCAUUGGUUACUCGUUUGUAGAGAUCAGACUUCCUAUGUGUUUUCCACACAGUUGUGUUGUACCAUGAUUUAUCUACCAUCAACCUCUGAUCACCUUUUUCUUUUUUUAACACCUAAGUGAAUGUUAAAUGAAUGAUGAGUGUGAUUCAUGUUUGACCAAAGAAAGAAUGCACUGAAUGUAACACUCAGGUAGGAAAUAUUGCAAAUGUAAUAAUUUGACUGCUUGUUCAGAAGAAUAAAAUAUCUUAUUUUCAAUA